UGGCUUCGGUGCAGGACGGUAUACCAUGACGGCCGCCGAUCGAAAGUCGCGAAUUGCCAUCGUGGGGGGUGGUUUGGUCGGUGCACUGGCAGCUUGCUUCUUCGCGAAGAGGGGCCAUUCCGUGACCAUUUACGAGUAUCGCGGAGACAUCAGAGUGGAGGAUUCUCGAGGCCAAAGCAUCGACUUGGCUCUGUCGAGCAGAGGACGCGAGGCUUUAAGGGCAGUUGGCCUGGAGGAGGCUAUAGUCGAUCGUCAUGGCAUCGCCAUGCGUGGCAGAAUGAUCCACAACAAGGAUGGCACCCUCAAGGAAAUAAUUUACGACAGCGUGAAGGGAAACUGCAUUUAUUCCGUCAGCAGACGAUAUUUAAAUAUGGUUCUACUGAAUGGCGCCGAGAAGUACUCCGACGUGAACCUCUGCUUCAACAAGAAAGUCGUGGCCGCGGACCUAGACACCGGCAAGCUGAAGAUCUUGGACACGAGGACCGAAACGAUAGAGGAAGUGGAAGCUGAUUUGAUAAUCGGCGCUGAUGGUGCAUACUCGACCGUCAGGAGAAUAAUAGCGAAGAGGCCGCUGUUCAACUGCAGUCAGACCUACAUCGAGCACGGUUACGUGGAAUUAUUCGUCCCCGCAGGGAAGAACAACGAGUACGCUAUGAGCGGCCAGCAUCUUCAUAUUUGGCCACGGGGUGAAUUCAUGAUGAUAGCUUUACCCAACGAUGAUAAUACAUUCACGGGCAACAUAUUCGCCCCCUUCUCGACGUUGGACAAGCUGAAGACGCCGCAGGAGCUCUUGGACUUUUAUCAGGAACAGUUCCCGGAUCUUCUUGAAUUAAUUGGCAAGGAGAAGUUAGUGAAGGAUUUCUUUGAAAGGGAACCGAAGUCGUUGAUUUCUAUCAAGUGCAAACCUUAUCACGUUGGAAAAACCACCCUCCUCGUUGGGGAUGCUGCUCACGCUAUGGUGCCCUUUUAUGCUCAAGGAAUGAACGCGGGCUUCGAAGACAUCUUGCUAUUGGACGAGCUAAUGGAACAGUACGAUUCGGAUUUCAGCAAAGUUUUGCCGAAGUUCACGGAACUUCGGUGCGAAGACACCCAGGCUAUUUGCGAUCUUGCUAUGUAUAAUUACGUCGAGAUGAGAGACCUAGUUACGAGGAAGUCGUUCCUUCUACGAAAAUAUCUAGACACGUUCCUCUACAGGCAGAUCCCAAACACUUGGAUACCGCUUUACAGCACGGUUCACUUCUCGCGGAUGAAGUUCCGCGACUGCAUCGCGAACAGGGAAUGGCAAGACAAGGUGUUACGCAGGACCGCUUUGUGUACAGUGUUCUUGAUACUCGCGUUGCUGAUGGCGCCUCUCAUCGAGGUAUUCGCCAGGGAAAGUGUCUUGUAUUAAAUACAGAUAUGCAACGUGUACGUCCACGCGAAUAUGUAAGUGUGUAUGCGUCGACUUUGCAAUAAAACUAACUGGCUAACGUAUACGGUGUCUUUUUGAAAAGAUCCUACGAAUUCCUCAACCGGUUGACACCGAAGUGCCACUAAAAAUGUACAAUUCUCCCCCUAUCUUUGACACUACUCAUGAUCGAUUGUAAACUGUACUUGAGCAAAUCUUGUUUAAGGCACUCACCUUUCUAUCACCGCUACAUCUACGAUCGAAUAUUCGCUAAAGAACAUCGACCAACUAUAAUAACAUACACCUUAAUACUAUUGGUUCUUCUCUAUGGAAACUUCUUAAAGUAACUGACGAAUUGACUAAAAAGACAUCGCUUGAAAGUGGCACAUUCUCGUCUACCCGACACUCUAACGUCUCUAGAGUCACUGGGAACAUGAUUAUCCGCUU